GAGCAGGCGUGGGGACUGUCACCUCGGGCGCGCCGCGCGCACCGACCCGGGACACGGGCAUCUGGGGACCGCCGGGCGCCACCCCCGCCAUUUGCCCCGCCGGGGUCCUCGGCUCCCGCUCCCCGGGGAGCAGCCGCCCGGGCGCAGGGCGAUGUCUGCCGGGGCCCGCCGCGGUCCCCGGGGCAGCCGGGCACAGCCGCUCGCGCCCCUCUGGUGCGUCUCGGCAGCGCUGGGAAUGAUGCUGUGGUCCUCCGCCUCGCAGGCGUUCAACUUGGACGUGGACAAGCUCACGGUGUACAGCGGCCCCGAGGGCAGCUACUUCGGCUACGCUGUGGACUUCCACAUUCCCGACGCCCGCACAGCGAGUGUCUUGGUGGGGGCGCCCAAAGCCAACACCAGCCAGCCCGAUAUCGUGGAAGGGGGAGCCGUCUAUUACUGUCCUUGGCCCGCGGAGGGGUCUGCGCAGUGCAAGCAGAUACCAUUUGACACCACCAACAACAGAAAGAUCAGAGUUAAUGGAACCAAAGAACCUAUAGAGUUUAAAUCAAACCAAUGGUUUGGAGCAACAGUGAAAGCUCACAAAGGGAAAGUUGUGGCCUGUGCUCCUUUAUAUCACUGGAGAACUCUUAGACCGACACCAGCAAAGGAUCCAGUUGGCACUUGCUAUGUAGCAAUUCAGAAUUUCAGUGCCUAUGCUGAGUACUCUCCUUGUCGGAACAGCAAUGCUGAUCCAGAAGGCCAGGGUUACUGCCAAGCAGGAUUUAGUCUGGAGUUUUAUAAGAAUGGAGACCUUAUUGUAGGAGGACCUGGGAGUUUUUACUGGCAAGGUCAGGUGAUCACUGCCAGUAUUGCAGAUAUCAUUGCAAAUUACUCAUUCAAGGAUAUUCUAAGGAAACUGGCUGGUGAAAAGCAGACGGAAGUGGCGCCAGCUUCCUAUGACGAUACUUACCUUGGAUACUCAGUUGCUGCUGGGGAAUUUACUGGAGAUUCUCAGCAAGAAUUGGUUGCCGGGGUUCCAAGAGGAGCACAGAAUUUUGGAUAUGUCUCAAUAAUUAACUCUACAGAUAUGACCUUUAUUCAGAAUUUCACUGGUGAACAGAUGGCAUCUUAUUUUGGAUAUACUGUUGUUGUAUCAGAUGUUAACAAUGAUGGAAUGGAUGACAUACUGGUUGGAGCACCUCUCUUUAUGGAACGCGAAUUCGAGAGCAACCCUCGGGAAGUAGGGCAAGUCUACCUGUAUUUGCAAGUGAGCUCUCUCUUCUUCAGAGACCCACAGGUACUCACGGGCACCGAGACUUUCGGGAGAUUCGGUAGUGCUGUGGUGCACUUAGGGGACCUGAACCAAGAUGGAUACAAUGACAUUGCCAUCGGUGUGCCCUUUGCAGGCAAGGAUCAAAGAGGCAAAGUGUUCAUUUACAAUGGGAACAAAGAUGGCCUAAACACCCAGCCUUCCCAAAUUCUGCAAGGAGUGUGGGCCUCCCAGGCUCUCCCUUCUGGAUUUGGCUUUACUUUAAGAGGAGAUUCAGACAUAGACAAGAAUGAUUACCCAGAUUUGAUUGUGGGUGCAUUUGGAACAGGAAAAGUAGCUGUUUACAGAGCGAGGCCGGUUGUGACUGUGGAUGCAAAGCUUCUGCUGCACCCCAUGAUUAUCAAUCUUGAAAAUAAAACUUGCCAGAUUCCAGACUCUAUGACACCUGCAGCCUGCUUUUCUUUAAGAGUAUGUGCAUCUGUAGCAGGCCAGAGCAUUCCAAACACAAUAGCUAUGGUGGCUGAGGUGCAAUUAGAUUCCCUGAAACAAAAAGGGGCCAUUAAACGAACGCUCUUCCUUGGCAACCAUCAGUCCCAUCGUGUCUUCCCUCUUGUGAUAAAGAGGCAGAAACCCCUCCAGUGCCAGGAUUUUAUUGUUUACCUUCGAGAUGAAACUGAAUUCCGAGAUAAAUUAUCUCCAAUCAACAUUAGUUUGAAUUACAGUUUGAAUGAAUCCACCUUUAAAGAAGGCCUGGAAGUGAAACCAAUACUGAACCACUACAGGGAAAAUGUUGUUAGUGAACAGGCUCACAUCCUGGUGGAUUGUGGGGAAGACAACCUCUGUGUUCCUGACUUGAAGCUGUCGGCUAGACCAGAUAAGCAUCAGGUCAUCAUCGGAGAUGAAAAUCACCUUAUGCUCAUAAUAAACGCAAGAAAUGAAGGGGAAGGAGCCUACGAAGCAGAACUUCUUGUGAUGAUACCAGAAGAGGCAGAUUACGUUGGGAUCGAACGCAACAACAAGGAAUUGCGACCACUGAGCUGUGAGUACAAGGCGGAAAAUGUAACCAGGAUGGUGGUGUGUGACCUCGGGAACCCUAUGGUGGCUGGAACAAAUUAUUCUCUGGGCCUCCGCUUUGCAGUUCCACGUCUUGAGAAAACAAAUAUGAGCAUUAACUUCAAUCUCCAAAUCAGAAGUUCCAACAAGGACAAUCCAGACAGCAAUUUUGUGAGUUUGCAAAUCAACAUCACUGCUAUAGCACAAGUGGAAAUAAGAGGAGUGUCGCACCCGCCUCAGGUCGUUCUGCCCAUUCAUAAUUGGGAGCUGGAAGUGGAGCCCCGCAGGGAGGAGGAAGUCGGACCAUUGGUGGAACAUAUCUAUGAGCUACACAAUAUUGGACCCAGUGCCAUCAGCGACACCAUUCUGGAGGUGGGCUGGCCAUUCGCUGCCCGGGAUGAAUUUCUUCUCUAUAUUUUUCAUAUUCAAACUCUGGGACCUCUGCUUUGUCAAACAAAUCCUGAUAUCAACCCACAGGAUAUAAAGCCCGCCGCGUCCCCGGAGGACACCCCCGAGCUUAGCGCCUUUCUGCGAAAUGCCACCAUCCCUCACCUUGUCAGGAAGCGGGACGCGCCCGGAUUCGAGUUCCACAGACAGAGCCCUGCAAAAGUCCUGAAUUGUACAAAUAUCGAGUGUUUGCAAAUCUCCUGUGCGGUGGGACGAUUAGAAGGAGGAGAAAGUGCAGUCCUGAAAGUCAGAUCACGGUUAUGGGCCCACACGUUCCUCCAGAGAAAAAAUGAUCCCUAUGCUCUUGUGUCACUGGUGUCCUUUGAGGUUAAGAAGAUGCCUUAUAAAGACCAGCCAGCAAAGCUCCCCGGAGGAAGCAUAGCAAUAAAGACAUCUGUUAUUUGGGCAACCCCAAAUGUUUCCUUCUCAAUCCCAUUAUGGGUAAUAAUACUAGCAAUACUUCUUGGAUUGUUGGUUCUGGCCCUUUUAACCUUAGCUCUAUGGAAGUGCGGAUUCUUUGACAGAGCAAGACCACCCCAGGAUGAGAUGACUGACAGGGAACAGCUGACAAGUGCCAAGACCACUGACGCGUGACAAGGAAAUGCAAAAGACCAAAAAACUCAAACACUGGUCCUGUUCAAAGAAAAGAGAGAACGGAAGGGUUAAAUGAAGGCUUUGCUGUACCUGCCCAUGACCUGGGAAAGAGAGGGGCCCGGGAGACAUCACUUCAUCUGCACUGCGCUUUGGAGAAGUUGUGAUGGGAGCUCACUGAACACUUUUGGAAAGGCAAAUGCAAACACUGCAGAAAUGAUCAGAAAUGGUGCAAGAUUUUCUUUUGCUUUAGUCAUUCUGUUUCUGGCAGACACUUUGAAAUGGGUAUGGGAACUCAGCUUGUUGUCCAGGCAAAUCCAGCUGAGAUGAAAUGUCUGAAUCACUAUAGAAUUUAGAAGGUGAACUGAGACCGAACCGUCCAACACUACUGUAUCCCAUGGAAUAUUUGACACCUCCCUAUGGAAAAAGAAAUAUUUCUAGUGAUUUUGUGGCUCAGGGAGACAGGCAAUAUGUUCAUGGGUACUGUGAAAGUACUUGUGAAGUGACCAAGAUAACCUUGGAAGUGAGGAAUUCAAGUUUAUUUAUUUAUUUUCCAUUUCUCUAGCUUGAAAAUCUGGUCAUCUAGAGGAUUUUGAAACUAAGAUUUGGUUAGCUAGUUUUUGAAAUCACUCACUCAAUUUCCUCCUAAGGUAACCACUGUGUGCAAAUAACAUAACAGAGCAUCUUCAGGAUGUAGACGGUGUUAAGGAAAAGCAAAUUGGUAUUAGGAGACAGCUUCACUUAAUACCUUGCUGCCUUCUAUCUGAAAUUACUUUUAUUCACACUGUACAGGGACUCACAGCUGCUUAAUUCAGCUUUGCAAAAUGUGUUUAUACUUCCUUUUUUAUAUAUGUAAAUGUAAAAUCUUUCCACUGACUUAGCUAAUACAUCAAUUUCAAGGUACUCUCUACCCUGUCGAGUGUUUAAAAGUAAUGGUAAAAAUGCCCAAAGUCCAUUAAUUAAAAAAAAGAAAUUUAAUAAUAGUAGUAAACAUUAUUUUUAAUAUCUAUAAAAAGCAAUGCCAAUAUUUAGCUUGAAAUUAAAUACCUAUUUUCCCUGCUAGAUCUUAUACUUGUAUAUACAGAGAAAACUCGUUGAACAUAAGUAAGAUGGAAAUAGAAAUUUAUACAGGUGUGAGACAAACCAAGAAAACUGAUUUCUAAAGUCACUUAUUCUAACUUUAUUACUCAUUUUUACUGCUAAUCUUUAUAGUACAUAACUUUGGCAAGAAUAAUCUUUUAUUUAAGCUAUUUUUUCCCAUCACCUUGAAUUUAACCAUCAAAAAUUUUUGAUGUCUGAAACUCUUGUAAAUAAUCCAUAAUCAUGCGUAAUCGUAUCAUUUUGAAGUAAAAUAGAACAGCCAGAUUCAUAGAUAGUCUGCACCACUUUGUAUCCUUUUUAUCAUGAAAAGUUACUAUGAAGAAAUGGUGAAUACAUUUUUACGUGCAAUAUUUUAUAGACCUAUGUAUCUGAAGCAUGUUUACACUGGCAUUAGUUAUUUUUUUAAUUAAUAUCCUAAAUAGUAAGUAUGAUAGUACAAGCUGACCAAAAUCCUUAAGAUUACAAAGCCGUUGGAAAAAAAGAAAAAUGUGUAUUCCAAUUUCAACAAUUACACUUUAUUUGAAAGAUGAACCAAACUCCACAGACACUAAAUUAUAAGUCACGCCGUAACCUGGAGGGAAGCCAUUUGGCUGCGGCUGCAGAACCUCGUUGGGAAGCAAAUGAAAGGCACAUGGAAGAAACACACUGGUGCAGUUCCUAUUCCUCCUGCUUGGGAAUUAAAUCCUGUCAUGGUAGUGGUUUCAUGUCUGUCGGGAACUGAAUCCUGGCUCCCAGUUUGUGUAGCUGGUUGGAAAUGAGGAUUGAACUUGCCUCAGUGAGUUUGUGGGGCCCCCACCAGCCUCUGGGGGUCUUUGGUGUUAGUCCUCUAGGUAGAACCGGUUUGACAGGUAGGUGGCCCAUCUAGGGCAUGAUGUGCAGGACGCUAGGCAGCUUAGCUCUCUCUAUCCUCAGUUACUGCCUAACUCUAGUUGUCCUGCCUGACUUGUGACUAACAGAGAUUGGCUCCUGAGGAUUUUGAGUCAUAGAAGGUCCCUUGAGAGAAUGCACCCCUUCGUUUAAGCUAUCAGUUGUGACAGAAUUCAGAACUCUUGGAGCCUGAUAAACAUAGUCCGCUGUAGAGAUGGUUCAUUUACAUACCUGGGGAAUGCCAGGAGGAAGACAGGGACCCAGAACGAAGCAUGGCAUGAAGGCUUCAGAGGUGACCUGUGCCUUCCGGGAACCUCAGCCAAGAGUGGCCCCCUCCCUGGGGGGGGAAGGGCACCUUGCACCUGCCCACAGGCGUCGCUACCUGUGGGCAUUGCAGAGGGCUGUCAUGCACGUGCACACAGGCCCUCUCUGCCCCUUAGAAUAUGGAAACCAAUGGAAAAAGGGGGGAAACUGAAGUCAGGUGAACUUUCCAGCAAUCGGUGCUUCAGCCUCACCUCCACCCGGAGAGCACACCGGCAACGCGCUGGGUGUAUCUGAUUCCCAUUGCCGAUCGCUUUCCUAAUUCACCACGUGCUGUGCGCCUCUGAGGGUCUAUCUGUAUUUCUCGUCAAAGAAUUCUCUUUUUAAAUUCUUGCAGCUAGUUUUUAAGACACAGGAAAAUGGGCAAAUUGUUUUAUAAACUUGGAAGUUUUUAUACAGUAAAUAAAUAACAUGUACUUGUCACCACUGAAACCCCAUUCUUAGAAAUCAAUUCGUGUUUUAUUUAAAUACAUGUGUAGAUAUCUGUGAAGGUUUUCGUGUACCUAUUUACCUUGUCACUAAUAAAACUAAAACUGAAAGACA